AUGAGUAGGAAUCGGGGAAUUUCAGAAUCUCAGAACCUCAGAAUCUCAGAAUCUCAGAACCUCAGAAUCUCAGAAUUUCAGAAUCUCAGAAUCUCAGAAUCUCAGAAUCUCAGGAUCUCAGAAUCUCAGAAUCUCAGAAUUUCAGAAUCUCAGAAUCUCAGAAUCUCAGGAGCCCAGAAUCUCAGGAGCCCAGAAUCUCAAAAUUUCAAAAUCUCAGAGUCUCAGAAUUUCAGAAUAUCAGAAUCUCAGAAUUUCAGAAUCUCAGAAUCUCAGAAUCUCAGAAUCUCAGAAUCUCAGAAUCUCAGAAUCUCAGAAUCUCAGAAUCUCAGAAUCUCAGAAUCUCAGAAUCUCAGAAUCUCAGAAUCUCAGAAUCUCAGAAUCUCAGAAUCUCAGAAUCUCAGAAUCUCAGAAUCUCAGAAUCUCAGAAUCUCAGAAUCUCAGAAUCUCAGAAUCUCAGAAUCUCAGAAUCUCAGAAUCUCAGAAUCUCAGAAUCUCAGAAUCUCAGAAUCUCAGAAUCUCAGAAUCUCAGAAUCUCAGAAUCUCAGAAUCUCAGAAUCUCAGAAUCUCAGAAUCUCAGAAUCUCAGAACCUCAGAAUCUCAGAAUCUCAGAAUUUCAGAAUCUCAGAAUCUCAGAAUCUCAUCAAUCUCAGAAUCUCCCAAUCUCCACAUCUCAGAAUCUCAGAAUCUCAGAAUCUCAGAAUCUCAGAAUCUCAGAAUCUCAGAAUCUCAGAAUCUCAGAAUCUCAGAAUCUCAGAAUCUCAGAAUCUCAGAAUCUCAGAAUCUCAGAAUCUCAGAAUCUCAGAAUCUCAGAAUCUCAGAAUCUCAGAAUCUCAGAAUCUCAGAAUCUCAGAAUCUCAGAAUCUCAGAAUCUCAGAAUCUCAGAAUCUCAGAAUCUCAGAAUCUCAGGAUCUUAGAAUCUCAGAAUCUCAUAAUCUUAGAAUCUCAGAAUCUCAGAAUCUCAGAAUAUCAGAAUAUCAGAAUCUCAGAAUCUCAGAAUCUCAGAAUCUCAUAAUCUUAGAAUCUCAGAAUCUCAGAAUCUCAGGAUCUUAG